AUGCCGCUGUUCAACCGCAACGCCGGCACCGCGGCGGCGGAGGCUGAAAAGCCUUCCCGCCCCGAGUCCCUCAGCUCCGGAGAGAAGGACCCCGACUUCUUGGCGAAGAAGGUGGCCGACGUCGAGUCCCUCACGGAGGUAGAAGAUGUGGCUUCCGUGGUCAUCGAGCACGACGAAGACGUCGCCGUCGAGGUCAUCUCGACCCAAGAUGAUCCGGACUUGCCCGUUUACACGUUCCGCCUCGUGUUCCUGGGCAUCGGCUUGUCCGCCUUCACGUCUGUGUUGGGCACCAUCUACACGUUCAAACCGCAGAAUGCGUCCGUGUCGCAGCUGUUCUGCCUCAUCAUCGCGUAUGUCCUCGGAACGGCAAUGCACUCGGUUAUGCCCUCCCACGGCUUUUGGCGGCACCUCAACCCUGGUCCUUUCAACAUCAAGGAGCACACUGCGAUCGUCAUUAUGUCCUCGACUGCCUCGUCGGUGGCUGUGGCCAUGGAGAUCAUUGCGGCUCUCGAUCUCUUCUAUGACGUCAAGCUGAAUGCUGCUGUCGCCAUCUUCCAGAUCUUUGCUACCCAGAUGAUUGGGUAUGGUGUUGCUGGCAUCCUCCGCAACCUGCUGGUAUACCCGACCUAUGCAUUCUACCCCACGUACAUCUCCGUGGUCAACCUCCUUCAAAGUUUGCACUUUGGCGGUGUACUGAACCACAAGAAGCGUCGCUACUUCUGGAUUGUGUUCGCGGCUAUCUUCUUCUGGGAGUGGAUUCCGCAGUACCCUUUCCCCUGGCUCACGGCCAUCUCCGUCGUGUGUCUUAUCGACAAUGGUCGGCACGAUCUUGUCAGGAACCUCUUUGGCGCAGGAUCUUCCAACGAGGGUAUCGGUCUUCUCAGUUUCGGCACGAGCUGGACCCUCAUUACUCAGGGAAACCCGCUCGUCUGGCCCCUCAAGACACAGAUGAACUCGUACCUCGGCAUGGCUAUCGGAUACCUUGUGCUCGUCCUCGCGUACGAGAAGAACGUCUUCAAUGGGCGUGACCUUCCCUUCAUGUCAACCUCCCUCUUCGGCACCGAUGGCGACACUUACAAUCAAACGGCUAUCCUCACCAGCGACAACAGGCUCGACCCCUCCAAGCUCGCCGAAGUCGGUCUGCCGCGGUACUCGACCACGUACGCCAUCUCGCAGAUGUGCUAUAACUUCAGCGUUGGCGCCGCGAUCACCCACGUCCUCCUCUGGAGCUGGCCCGAGCUCAAGCGUGCUUUCGGGAACAUGAACUUCAUGAAGGGCGACCAGGAUAUUGACGACCCGCACUACCAGCAGAUGAAGAAGUAUCCCGAGGUUCCCCAGUGGUGGUAUCUCACUCUCUUCCUUGCUUCCCUAGCUGUUGGCAUUGGUUGCAGUUACAACGGUGGUGACUGGCUCAUGCCUGCUUGGAGUAUUAUCGUCUUCACCAUCAUCAGCGCCCUCCUCGCCGUCUGCUUGGGUUUCAUCUACGCUACGACUGGCUUCCAGAUCGCCAUCAAGUAUGUCAUCUACCUGCUGGCGGCUUUCGUGCACCCCGGAGAGCCUAUUGCCGUCAUGUACGCGAAUCUGUACGGCAACAGCUCCGCCUUCCAGACAAUGAAUAUGCUCCAGGACCUCAAGCUCGGCCAGUACACCAAGCUUCCCCCGCGCGCAACCUUCUGGACGCAGAUGGCGGGCUCCAUCAUCGGCUCCGUCUUCAACUACACGAUGAUGUCCACCAUCGUCGCCAACAACCGCGCCGCGCUCAUCGACCCGAUCGGGACCCGGGUGUGGUCCGGGUGGAUCAUCCAGUCCUACAACUCGAACUCGGUCGCGCUCGGCGCGCUCGGCGAGCAGCUCUUCACCGUCGGCAAGGCGUACGACCUCAUCGGCUUCGCGGUGCUCAUCGGCUUCCUCUUCCCGAUCCCCUUCUGGCUCGUCGCCCGCUACGCGCCCAAGGGCUCGCGCGUCGCCGCCGCCGCCGCGUUCGUCCACACGCCGAUCGUCGCGCUCUACGUCGGCUACCUGCCGUACUCCGUCAACGGGCAGUGGUGGAGCUGCCUCGUGAUCGGCGUCGCGAGCCAGUGGUGGGCGCGCACGCGCCGGCCGAAGUGGUUCAAGAAGUACAACUACCUGACGUCCGCCGCGCUCGACGGCGGGAGCCAGGUCAUCCUCUUCAUCCUCUCGUUCGCCGUGUUCGGCGCGAGCGGGAACGCGGUCGAGUUCCCGUUCUGGUGGGGCAACCCCGACCCUUCCGUGAUCUCGGUCGAUCACUGCAAGUCGACGUAG